GACGGCUGGCUAUUGUUGGGUUCCGCAUCUUGCGCAACCGGACCGCAACAAAGGGCAAUGAGAUCCGAACAUGCAUAAAUAGACCCGAUCUAGAUUUGGAAUCAAUGACACAGUACCAAAAAUACCAGAAUACCGAGAUACCAAAAUACCGCGCAUGCCACGCACUACACCACUUUCCGAGAUGGGUUACAGAGUCGACUCAUGGAAGGGAGAGAGCCUGUGUGGUACUCGCGUCAGGGUUGGACGCGGUUCCGACCAGACAGCGACCAUUGGAGGCACUGUAACGAUUGAUGGCGAGUACUAUGCGCUGACUGCUCUGCAUCCAUUUCUGAAACCUUCCUCCAACCAGCACAAAAAGCGUUGGGCCUCGUUCCGGUCCCGCGCGAUGUACAACGCCCUGGACCGCGAGGGCCCGCACGCGGUGGCCUAUCUGCCCCGCUACAAAGGUACGAGGAAAUUGAACCCCGCCUUCUGGUCGGUUCGACAGGAUUGGGCUCUAUUCCGACUGUGCGAUCAAACCCCCCAGUCCAAUCGUGUCACGGUCGGGGAAUGGCAAGUGCUCUCACCAUCCAAGGUCACCCGAAGCUCGCCCCGAGGCCAGCUGUGGUGCUUGCUGGGACACGGCGCUCGCCCCCCGGUCCGAACCGACGUGUCUGGAAGAUUGAGUAGUCUGUCAGUCGCCGCGAGAGAUCCUCCCGUUGCGUAUCAAUUGAGUAUGGUUUCCUUUGCGGAGGAUGUUGGAGCGUGGGUGGUGGAUGGGGGAGACAAUGGCUCCCUGUUUGCCAUGAUCGUGGCCCAAGAUGACCAGGACUUUACCACCUAUGCCAUUAGUGCGGCUGAUAUCUUCGAGGAACUGCAGAAGCGAUUUCCGAGUUCCUCGAUAUCGCUUGCAUAGGGUCCUGGGGUUAUGGAGAAGAUGCUUGAUAUAGUGAUUCG